AUGGCGCCCCCGCCUCGAACGUAUGGGAAGAAGAAAAGUUUGCUUGGCCCCCUGGGCUCCCGACAUCGUUCCAAGGCCUCGGCCGAUUUCCCUCCCGCAAAGAACCCCGAUCUUGGUUCACAAUCUGUGAGCCCCUGCUCCGACACCGCGAAGCGACAUUCUCGGACGCAGAGUAAUAUCCAACCAACCAGCAUUGAGGAAAUCGCGAGCGCCUUACUCGACGACAGCAGUUCAGAACUGCCGGCAGAAGAGGACGCUAAAGGACAGUCAGAAAAGGAUGAUCCUGACUGUUCAACUUCUAUUGCACCAGUUCGCGAAGAUUCUACACCAGACGUUGGGGAACAACCCUUCAUCUCUCAUUCGCCAAAGUCGUUGAAGGAAAGAUCAACUAGCAACAGUCGAGUACACCGGCCGAGUGCUCCAAGAGUUCAGAAAAUGUCACCCAACAAUAGGUUUGCAAAGUCCUCACGGCCUCGUGGAAACUCAACUUCAUCUCCUAAACGGAAAGACUACAGUUUGAUCCGCCCCCUCGCGGACCCUGUAAAGAAGUCGACCAAUCGUUCUCCGUACCCUAUUGUGAAAGAUGCUGAAGCAGUUUGCCUUCUUCCCCACAACGUUAUGGAUGGAACUCCAAGAAUUCUCUUGCAAAGCGAGUUGGCCAGUCAAGGCCGCGCUGUGGCGACUAAUGCCGAUGAGAUUCAGGAGAAAGUAUGUGCCAUGUUGGCGGCAACGGACGCUCUAAAGCCAUCCCCUUCUCAGCCGAGAAAGUCGCCCGUUUCCAAGGUGACUCGCAUGACUCCAUCAAGAGUUCUGGCCAAAGUAUCCAGUGCAUGGGAUCGAUGGCAUGUGAAAUCGUCUAGCGGAGGAGCAAAACCGCGCGCCAAGCUCACGAAGCAGCCCGUUCAAGAAGACUCUCCUAAUGGCCCAUUGACUUCCCAUCCCGUGUUUGUAUCUCCUGCCCUCCAAAGAGCAUCUUUAAUCGACACGAUUGAGAUCCGUUUGAAUGAGGGCGACAAUCUCAACAGAAAGAAGGUACAGCAAAUUGUGGGUGGUCGUGUAGCUCGCAAGCCUGUUGCCAAUGACGGAAAGACCCUCAGGAGCGGCCGAUCCAUGGACGAUGACCCCUUUGCUGAGCCCGCACUAUGCCAUAGCCCAAGUGCUAUUGAAAGACGCCAACAUUUGAAGAUUGUGGUUGGAUCCAAUAGAGCGUCUCUGCUCAUCAUCGACCCUUUUGAAGCCGAAAAGGGAUUCGAGAACAACCUCGAAGAUAGGAUCUUGAGCUCUUCCCCGGUCUGUGCAUCAACACCUCGGAUUCAUCUCCACAGGGUUCAAACUCCCACUCUUGAGGACAGUCUCGACGAACAGUGUUCCAAGCUGCCGACUCAGAUUAGCCUGGAGAAGGUGACCACUGACUUGACCAUAUACCAAUCUCAAGAAGCCAUAUCUUUCUUGAAAUCCCCGAACCAGAGUGGGCACAUCAGGACACUUCCAGACACCGAUCGCAUCACCGUUGGGUUGAUACGAGACAGACCUUCCCUGGAUACGAGCAGCUCAAACUGGACAAAGAAGCACCCAUCCCCCAGCAAGAGGGAUCUGGAGCAACUUGAGAUAGCCUUUCGAUGCUAUAGCGAGCUCAAAAGACGUGGUAUAGGUGAAGAAGCAGAUGAACUCGCGGCGCACUAUACACCCUCCUCUCGGUACUUGUCCCCUCGCGAUACGAACAGGAUGAUGAAGGCUCGUGAAGAAGGUGUCAAAUCCACGUCUGGCAGUGAAUCCCAGUCUCCCGCCAAACCGCAGAUGCGACGCCCGACUGACAACCUAAGACGUCAUCAUCAAAUUCGCCUUGCUCCCGUUUACCGACCAACCAUCCCGCAAUCCGAUGAGGUUGACGAGUUGCAGUAA